AUGAGUAAAGCAACUAUCAGGCCAAAUAAACCAAAGCCCAUGUCGUCGAAAUUAAUUGAUCAGACAAUACCACCUGUCCCCAAUAGCUCACAACAACAAAGUCAAGUAUUUCCUCAAAAACUAGAGUCAUUAAUGAAGCCAAACGAAUUUCAAGACUUUCUAUUCAGAUUAUUCACUUAUACCAUUAUAGUACUACCUACCUUAACAUCGAUCCUUUUCCCAAUUAGUUCUUCCAUAUCCACAAGUGAACAUGUAGGGAAUUUAAUCAUUGAUUUAUUGACUGUCUUGUUAUUAAGUAUGGUUGUUAGAUAUACAAUGGAAUGGCCAUACAAUUGGCUAAGGCAAUUGCAAAGAACCAAAAUCACAUUGUUGAAAGAAAUGAAUCAAGAGAACACUGAAAGAACAGUCUUGUUGGUGCGAAAAAUUUAUACUUUUGAAAUCAUUGCGUUAUUUUCGUGUUUGAUCUCUUCAGUGUUCAGUUCAGCAUUGUUAAUUUGGACUCGACAAUACACCAUCAUAGAUCAAAAGAGAAAGAAAGUAGUCUUCAAUAAUGUCAACGUAGCUUUGUUGCAAUUUUGGUCCAUCUUCAGAAUCAUAAUUACAUUCACCGAUAGUUUACAAGAAUCUUCCUUGAACAGUAACCAGUUGUAUUGGGAGACUCCACAAUUAAACAGUUGGUAUCAUGACUUGAAACAUUAUUUUUUACCAAAUGCAAGUAACCAAAUUUUGUUGGAUCAUUUACAACAGCACAAUAGACAAUUUGAUCAAUUGAAAAUAGAUUUAAUGAAUUUACAGAAUGAAAUUGAAGACCUGAAUAGAAGAAAUGUCUCCAAGGACAGACUUAGUAACCAUGCGUUUACACCUUACCCAUUGAAUGUUACUUCAUCUGCUCCAAAUUCACCAGUUAACACUUUCGAUCAGUCUGUAUUCGCAUCAUCUCCUAUGAAUAAAGCUUUUCCUCCCAAACCAAGUUCAUCCUUUUCACCACCGGCUGGUAAAAGGACAGCUAAUGGGAAGCCAUCUUCUAAAUCCAAGACUAAAUCUUCAUUGAAUACCAUAAUUGAAGAAGACGACAAUACAUUGUAUGAAACAAUGGAAAAUUCAUAUACCAACUUUGACGAAAUCAUAAGUACUAGAAUAGAUUUCGAUCCAAUGCCUUCAAUUCUUGAAGAACUUAGCUCUGUUAUUAAAGCAAUUUGCAAUCAGGGUUCCAUAUUUGAAAUAAUCAAGCAUCCGAAUAAUUUCUGCCAUAUUUUGAUGAAAGAAUUAGCAAGAUUAUCAAAACUCCCAUUUGAAUUUGGGGAAUACCAAUUUAUUAAAUUGCUAAUUUCUGAGGUGUUUGAUAAAUAUAUCCUUGAUAUAUACCAACGAGUUCAAACUCGGUUACUAGCUAUAAAAGAUUAUCCAUUGUAUCACAUUCGAAAAUCAAUAGUCUAUUUCGCUUUCAGAUUGCCAUUUUUGGUUGCUUUUUAUACAAUUAGUUCAAUGGUGUUUAUUCCACUUUUCAUAAUAAAUUGGGUAUUUAUAAAACCAAACUUGUUAGCAUUACAUAUUGCUUGGUCCGUAUUGAAGUUUAUUUUUAUAACCAAUCCUCCGGAGAGAUCACCAUCAUUGAUGCUGCCAAAGAUACUCUCCCCAAUCUCUUCUCCGUCAAGAGAUAAAAUACCACUGAAUCCUUUACCAAAAGAAAGCUUGGAAAAAUUUGCUAUUAAACCAUUUCAUUUAUCUCCUACUUUGAAUAAUCUGGCAUUAUUUGAGGGUCCAAUAAAAAAAAGAAAACCUACUACACUUUCAUUUUCAAUGCCUGUUACCAAACCGUUAAUUAAUGUGUCUCCCACUUUAACUGAUUCCAUUAGUGGUGGAUUUAGAAAUCAUCGGACACAUAGAUUCCAAGAUAGUAAUAACUUUACAUUAUAUGAUGAUUAG